AAACGUCGACAAUCUAGCCUGGAUCGUGCGGUUCUGCGCAAGCACAAAUAUGAGAAUUUGACAAUGCUCCUAAAUACCCCACAAGCACUCGCCCUGCUCCGAUCGAAAUCACCCGGUCAAGCUGGUGUGCCAGAAAAGCCUGCACAAACCCAGACGAUUACGCAAUCGGUAAUGAACACAGCUUCUAUUGUCGGCAAUUCGGCAACCGGUACAGAAACUACCACCACGACAGUUGCGCAAUAUGAAAUCGCACGGCCAGAGUUGCCCAAACUCUGUCUUUCUCCUCGUUUCCCACCAGACGGUGCAGCUUUUUAUGAGAUUUCCCCACCCAAUUCCAGUGUGUCCACUUCUCCCGUGACAAAUUCAAACCCUGACUUGAAGUCAAACUGUAUGGGACCACCACCAACACAAGCUCCAGCAUCUAUCGCAGCGUUGACACACACUUCGUGGGCAGCAGAAACAAUGUGGAAAGCACAACAGAAACCAGAGAGAUCUAACGGUGUGUCGGAUGCACCAUCCACCCGUAUCAUCACUCCAGAUACAAACAAUGGGUUCAGUGGCAUUACUCCUAGGGAAACAAACGGCUCAUCGCGAACACAUCAACCCAUUUUGAAUGAGUCAUCCACCCUUCGAACUGGACUAUCCACUCAGCCAGCUCCUGAAAGUAGCAUUGAUGCACGAUCGGAUUGGUUUCCACCAGCCCCGCCUCCGCCACUUCAAUCUGCCUCUUUGCCCUCUGGUGAGGCGGAAAUUAGCAAACCGAAUACGGCCAGUUCAAGUGCGAAACAGACCAGUGCAAACGUUCCCCCGAGCCCGAAUUCAGACACUCCCAACGCAGCUCUCCAGACGAACAGAAACGUGUCCAGUCCGGAACCGACCGUUGCCCAGUCUUCUAAUCAUACGUUGUCAACCGAAUCGCCCAGUAAACGAACAGUCAGUCAAUCAACCACCGCUAAUACGGUGACUCGCCCGAUCCCGCUCAAAAGCAGUCCAGUCACGGAUGGGCCAGCGGAUUACCAACGCCACCACAGCCUUCCGGGUACCACAACGAUUACAACACCGAUUUUGGACGGCCGUUCUGUGGUCCCUUGGAAACCCACUAGUCGAGAUUUAAUCCCACCCACUGACCCCGAUCCCAAUGUACGAGCUGCGGUUGCUGCCGCAUUGUCCCAAUCGGUCGCCUAUUCCGAUGAUAGCCCGCAAUGGGUACCACCAAAACACACUAACCCUACGCACAAUGUGCUCGCUCCGACUUCGGAAUACGUGGGCACAGUACCGCCAAAUGCGGAGUAUGCAUAUGAAAGCGAUCGAAUAGUGUCGGAAGUUCAGACCACACCGCGACAUACCGCAACUGCGGUUAGUCGUCCAACCUGCCUGACCACACAGACCGGAUCCGUGGACCAGCAUCAGGUCGAUCGUAUCAGGCAACCUAACAGACGUUUCGUAUCAGAAAGCUCUUCAUCCAGUCGACGAGAAUCAGGGCGUCGCAAUCGUACAACAUCAGAUAUGGAUGCUCUACAUCUAUUAGCUGAGAUGGGACACCGCGGAAUGGGGCAGCAAUUGCUGGAUGGGAGUCGGUCAUCUGAUGUGGGUGGGACCAAUCCACACACUGUUUCACCGACCGAGGCUGAGUGGUGGCGAGCACAACAACGGUCAGGUUUGUUACCCUACGGUAAGUGUGAAUUCUCGUUCCGCUAA